CACAAGAGCUCACAGGAGGGAAACUGAGAAGCCAGUGUGCCCAGGCCAUGGCACUGGACGAUGUCUACAAGGCCCUGAGGAGUGCCAUGAUUUGCUUCAAUGCUGCCGUCAUGGCUGCGGGCAUCACCCUGGUGGGGCUGGCUGUGUGGGUGAAGGUGGGCAGCACCUCCUUUGUGCGGGUGAUGGGCUCCUCCUUCAUCUACUUUGCCCACACCUGGGAUUUUGGCAUCGCUGCCGGCUGCCUCAUCAUCGUGCUUGGGCUGCUGGGCUGCUGGAGCGCCUACAAGGAAAACCGCUGCCUGCUCAUGAUGUAUUUUGCCACCAUGCUGCUCAUCUUUGUCGCAGAGAUCUCCGUGGUCAUUGCUGUCUUAGCCUUCACGCCAUUUAUCCGCUCAUUUGUCCAGGACAAGGCUCUCCAGACGCUGAAGAAGAAAUAUGGUGGCUACAAGUAUGACAACAUUGUGUCCUACGGCUGGAACAGCUACAUGCUGAGGCAAAACUGCUGUGGUGUCCACAACUACACAGACUUCAAGGGCUCAGCCUUCCAGAAACAUACCAACUUGACCUACCCCCGGAGCUGCUGCAAGGACCCCAAGAGCUUCGACUGCAAUGGGACAGAUAUCAACAGCACCAUCAUCCACAUGGAGGGCUGUUUCCCCAAGAUGAUGACCUUCAUUUGGAGGAAGACCUCCAUGAUGGGGGGAAUUGCCAUCAUGACCACCCUACUAGAAGUGGCAGCCAUGGUGGUCUCCCUGACGCUCUAUGUGAAGCUGGAGUAACAACAGAAAGGGUGAUGCCCCUGGUUCCUGCUGCGCUGAGAUUCACUGGGGAGUGGGGAGGAAAUGCAAGGCUGCUGUAUUCCCCCCCACAGCUCCCCAAUCCACCUGUGUACCCCUUGAUCCUGCGCCAUUGCUGUUGUUGGGGUGGGCGCUUUAGCUGCCAACUGCCACAGCAGCAGGAUCUUGCAGUGGUCCCGGUGCUUUGCCUCAUCCUCAUGGAGCAGAGAAAACCCCAAGGGGGCUGGUGGGAGGGUGGGGGUUGGGGGUCAGGGGUUGACGGCGGAGACAGCU